UUUUUUUUUUUUCUUUUUUUACCUACUUUUUUUAUUUCUCUCCCUUCUCCCUCCCUUUUUCCCGUUUUAUUGUUAUGAAUUUCAACAUCUUCAAACCGAAACAAAAAACACCUCAUGAUCUCGCUAAACACCUAAAAGAUUCUAUACACAGACUAGAUGGACCUGACAAACGCAAGGCUAGUGAAGAAGUUUCCAAAUACUUAGUAUCCAUGAAGAACUUUUUACUCGAUAAUGAACCCAAUCCUGAUCUUGUGGCACAAUUGGCACAAGAAGUGUAUAGUAACGACAUAUUACAAUUGAUGAUUUUGAAUAUUGAAAAAUUUGAAUUCGAGGCAAAAAAAGAUGUUGCUCAGAUCUUUAAUUAUUUACUUCGACGGUCCAUUGGAACUAGAUCACCGACUGUGGAAUACCUUUGUACUCGUGAAGAAAUCUUGUUUACAUUAUUGAAAGGUUAUGAAAAACCUGAAGUGGCAUUGAAUUGUGGAUUGAUUCUAAGGGAAUGUUUGCGACAUGAAUCCUUGGCCAAGAUUAUUCUAUAUUCUCAUCAAUUCUAUCUUUUCUUUGAUUAUGUGGAAAUGAGUACAUUUGAUAUUGCAUCUGAUGCAUUUGCUUCUUUCAAGGAUAUUUUGACCAGGCACAAACAAAUGAUCUCGGAAUUUUUGGAUGCGAAUUAUGAUGAAUUCUUUGAUCAUUAUAAACGACUAUUGACUUCAGAAAACUAUGUGACAAAACGCCAAUCUCUCAAGUUAUUAGGUGAAAUUCUUUUGGAUCGAUCCAAUUUCAAUGUGAUGACUCAAUAUAUCAGCAAUGCUGAUAAUUUGAAAUUGAUGAUGAAUUUAUUACGAGAUCGAAGUAGAAAUAUACAAUUUGAAGCAUUCCAUGUAUUCAAGGUAUUUGUGGCCAAUCCAAACAAAAACAAGUCUAUUUUAGAUAUUUUGAUCAAAAACCGAGACAAAUUGAUUGUUUUCUUAAACAACUUCCAUAAUGAUAGACAAGAUGAUGAACAAUUCAACGAUGAAAAGGCCUUUUUAGUCAAACAAAUUCAAGAUUUGAAACCUCAAGAAUAAACUUAGCUAGCGUGUGUUAUUCAAUUUUUUUUUUUUUUUUUUGUUUCGGUUGAUGAUUUUUCUUUUUUUACUUCGGCGUUGUUUGAAAUUUACACUCUGUUUUUCGUAUUUCUUGCGGCACAUCACUUUUUUGAACUUUUUCACUUGUCUUCUUCUUCUUCCUCA